AUGCAGAUUUUCGUCAAGACCCUGACGGGCAAGACGAUCACGCUCGACGUGGAGCCGUCGGACAGCAUUGACAAUGUCAAGCAGAAAAUUCAGGACAAGGAAGGUAUUCCGCCUGACCAGCAGCGUCUCAUCUUUGCUGGCAAGCAGCUAGAGGACGGCCGUACUCUAAGCGCAAAAAAAGUGUACACCAAGCCGAAGAAGAUCAAACACAAGCACAAGAAGGUGAAGCUUGCGGUGCUCAAGUGCUACAAGGUGGAUGACAAUGGCAAGAUCCAGCGUCUGAAGAAGGAAUGCCCGGCGCCCCAGUGUGGUGCCGGUGUCUUUAUGGCCACCCACUUCGACCGUCACUACUGUGGCAAGUGCCACGUGACUUACAAGUUCCAGGGCGAGGAUAGCGCCUAG